AUGGAGAAAGCCGGCGGUUCGUCCUCCGCGGGAGGCAGCUACCCGCAGAAAAACGCCGAGAUCCUCAGCAGCCAGUACGGCAUCAACCUGUUCCUGGCCGGGCUGCUGCUCACCUUCGCCUGGGCUGUGCACGCCGUCGGUAUCAGCAAGAGCCAUCUGCUCUCCUACCUCAUCACGCUGAUGCUUGUCCAGCUGCUGUGGAUGCUGUGGUACCUGUGCAGGAGCUGCACGCAAAGGAGGCUUAUCCGAGACAAGGACACGCAUGCUGGAGCCCGCUGGCUGAAGUGUGGAAUUACAUUAUUUGCAGUGAUUACUUUAAUUCUGGACUCCUUUAAAAUUGGAUACUAUAUUGAUUUUUCAAACUGUUUGUCGCCAACUGAAGGCAUUUUUCCUGUUACACAUGCAGCACACACCAUAUUACAGGUAUACUUUCUUUGGUGUCAUGCAAAGGAUAUUAUCCAGUCUUUCAAAACACUUGAAAGGUUUGGGGUUAUCCAUUCUGUGUUCACAAAUUUGCUCUUGUGGACAAAUGGAGUGUUAACAGAGUCAAAGCAUCAACUGAAUGAACAUAAGGAAAGACUGAUCACACUUGGCUUUGGGAAUAUAACAAUAGUUUUAGAUGACCAUGCUCCUCAAUGCAAUUGUACAACAACAACUCUCUGUUCAAUAUUUUCUCAGGGAAUAUAUUACCUGUACCCCUUUAAUAUAGAAUACCACAUUCUAGCAUCCACAAUGCUCUAUGUCCUGUGGAAGAACAUCGGCCGCAAAGUAGAACACCAUCAGCAAUACAAAACUCCAUUCAAAUUCCACGGCAUAACCGUUGGGAUGAUUUUUGGACUAAUUGUGUUAACUAGCACAAUAGCAAUUGUUGUGGUGUAUUUAAUCCAGAUUGGACGUUCGAAAAUCAAAAGCGAGUUAGCACUGACAAUGUUUUACCUCCAUGCAAUCUUUGUGCUGGCUCUCAUGUGCACAGCUGGAGUCAUUGCCCUGCUGAUCUACAGACUGGACGAUAGGUCAUUGGACAACUCCAAAAAUCCCGCUCGAAAACUGGAUGCAGAGCUGCUGGUAGGCACAGCUGCCGGGUCCUGGCUCCUAUCCUGGGGCUCCAUCCUAGCGAUUAUCUGUGCUCAGGCUCAUCCCAAAUACACUUGGUAUAAUCUGCCCUAUUCCGUCCUGGUCAUCAUUGAGAAAUACAUUCAGAAUCUCUUUAUCAUUGAAUCCAUACAUCGUGAGCAGGAGAAGGUGAAUGAUGAUGUUAAAACGCUUCGAAUAGUGACAGUGUCUCAAGGGAGCACUUUGACACUUACACCCUCAUACAAGGAGAUUUACAAUGGCCACGCUGCCCAGGAUGUUGGGGAGUUGCCAUGCCUGUUCCGUGGCAGCAUCUGUGCCAGAGAAUCUGUUGGGAGCAGCGGUGACAAUGAAGGGACAAGUCAGGGAGGUGAUUCGGGCAUGCAUUUUGCCUCUGAGUUCUCCCUCUGCAGCAGGAGCUCGGUGGCUGACAACAAGAGGAGAAUUCUGAAGAACAUUGCUGCAUUUUUAUUCCUCUGCAACCUUUCGCUUUGGAUACCGCCAGCUUUUGGGUGCCGCCCAGAAUACGACAAUGGGCUGGAAGAAAUCGUUUUUGGCUUUGAACCUUGGAUAAUUGUUGUGAACCUUGCGAUGCCUUUUUCUAUUUUCUAUCGGAUGCAUUCAGCUGCCUCACUCUUUGAAGUCAACUGCAAAACAUAGAUCAUACACGGUCCCUCAGUGAACAAUUGAUUGAAUAAUUAAUUAAACAAAUAACAGAUGAAAGAGUGAAUGAAUGAGUGAGCGUAGCAACAGCUGCUCAAUAGACAGAAGAUUCAAUAAAUAUUUCUAAGAGAAGGGACCAUAGCUAAUAGCAUGUAAUAUUUUUUUUAUUUUUUAUCUUUGCAUUUUGUUACAUAUGUAGUGUUAUCAUUUAGACUUUUCAAAAUCAUAUUAGUGUUAACUGUACAUAGUCAAGUUAAUUUAAUCUAGUUAAUCCGUGUUUUGUCAAAUUCAGCAAUUUGUCCUGAGUUUGAACUGUUUGCAUUGCUCUUUUUUCAUUCAUUGUGACCUGUGAAAGUUGUUUAAGAAAGGAAAAAACAACUGGU